AUGGAAAACGUCGAAGAAGGUGCUAGCGUUCGCUCAUUCUCCAGACCGACAUCUCCUACCCCACGUCCCGCGUCCCAUCUCAAACUCUGGAGGAUACAGCUAGUCGCAUACAUCCUCCUUUUUUGCACAAGUACAUGGGUUGGAGUCCAUUACGAGCAUCCUGGCGAUGUCCGCUAUAGGGAUAUCAUUCAAGAGGCCGUCGCACAUCCUCGAAAACAAGGCUACGCAAAGCAAGAGAAAUUUUUCAUCGCUGCAAUGUUCUACAAUAAUGAAUAUGUUAUUCCCUACUGGCACGAUACCCUCAUCAAAGUCAUUCACUAUCUCGGUCCGGACAACGUUUUCGUCUCUGUCGUCGAGAGCCACAGUUCCGAUAGCUCCCCUCAGCUCCUUCAAGCACUGGAUGCAGACCUUGAACUUUUGGGUGUACCGCGGCGCAUACUCACGGGAGAUACAACAGUACCAAAACCAGCUGAUCUGCGCGGAAACCCACGCAUCGAAUUCCUAGCGGCCACGCGUAAUCGCGCACUUGAGCCCCUAACAGAAGGAGCGUACGAUAGAGUCGUGUUCUCGAAUGACAUCUAUAUCGAGCCCGAGAGUUUUGUCGAGUUACUAGAAACGAACAAUGGGAAUUAUGACAUGGCAUGUGGUUUAGACAUGGGUCAUUUCGGCGCCUAUGACAUGUGGGUUCUCCGAGAUCGACAGGCCAAGCUCACCAGUGCCAUCUGGCCGUAUUUCUUCGACGAAGCUGACUAUCAGGCAAUGCAGACCGAGUCUCCUGUCCCCGUAUUCACCUGCUGGAAUGGUAUCGUAGUCUUCAAUGCAGAUCCUCUUCUCCCGAUAGCGCUGCGCUCCAACCGCACCCUCUCCAACGACCCUCUGCCAUACGAAUUACCAGCGACUCACCCAGCAGCACACAAUACCUCGAUGCGCGGCCCGAGUCCUGCUCUAACGCCCCCAAUACAAUUCCGCGCGUCUGCGCCCGAAGAAUGUUUUUCGUCAGAAAGCUUCCUACUCCCAUAUGAUAUGCGGCGCCAGUUCAAUCUUCAGCAAAUUUACGUCAACCCGAGGGUGAUUACGGCUUAUGACUGGAGGUUUUAUUUCUAUUUCAAGUGGCUUAUGCGCCACCCCGUACUACAAUGGUGGAUCGAAAAGGUGUAUAAUGGUGCAUGGAUGGCAAGAUCUGUGAUGGUCGUGGGCGAUGCGGACAAGAUUUUCUGGUGGGAUGGUGGAGACUGUCAUCCAUGGUGGUGA